UGUUUGUUGUCUUUGUCAUCUUGAAAUUGCCGGCAAAAAUUGGUACUUACUUUUGGCUGUACUUAUUCAGUUUAUUUCUGUGAAUAUAAUAAUAAAAUGCAAGCAUUUCUGAAAACUGGGAAAAUAUCCAGCGCCGAUAAACCUUCUUCAUCUGGUGUCAAAACUACUAAGAAGAAACCACCCGCCCCAUGGGUAGAAAAAUAUCGUCCGAAAACAAUUGACGACAUCGUUGAUCAAGGGGAGGUGAUACAAGUUCUGAGAGAAUGUUUGGCUGGUGGCGAUUUACCACAUCUCUUAUUCUACGGCCCUCCUGGGACUGGCAAGACGAGCGCUAUUCUGGCAGCCGCUCGCCAGCUGUUUGGAGAUAUUACGCGAGACCGUGUCUUGGAACUGAACGCCUCCGAUGAGCGUGGUAUACAGGUUAUACGAGACAAAGUGAAGUCUUUCGCUCAAUUGACUGUCAGCAGUACCAGACCUGAUGGCAGACCAUGUCCUCCAUAUAAACUAGUUAUUCUUGAUGAGGCCGACUCAAUGACAUCAGCAGCGCAGGCAGCAUUACGUCGUACAAUGGAAAGAGAGACUCGGACUACACGCUUUUGUCUCAUUUGCAAUUACGUGUCCAGAAUCAUUCCUCCCAUCACUAGCAGAUGUUCGAAGUUCAGAUUUAAGCCACUAGCUCGAGAAAAUGUUAUUAAAAGGCUGCAAGAUGUAUGUGAAGCUGAGGGUGUAGAAGUGGGUAACGGAGAGGUGUUACACCAAGCGGUGGAUACAUGCGAGGGAGACAUGCGUCGUGCGCUCACCGCAUUGCAGUGUUGCCAGCGUUUGCUUGGAAAAAUCACUUCAGAAGGCCUGAUUGAGGUGACUGGCUUAGUUCCUGAAAAACUGAUUGAUGAAUUCCUUAAUAUCAAGAACUUCAAUGAAUUAGAAAAAUUCGUUGAAAAUUUCCUCAUGGAGGCAUACUCAGCAUCUCAACUCUUGGAGCAGUUGAGCGCGACGGUCGUCAGCUGCGGCCAUCUGACCAACAAACAGAAAUGCGUGAUCAGUGAGAAGGUGGCCAUCUGCUCCCACAGACUCCUCGACGGAGGCGCCGAGGUUAUGCAGCUUACAGACCUAGGCUGUACUGUCAUUAUGGCAAAUAAUAAUCCAUGAUUUUACCUAAAAGUAUGUUGUCCGACCGAACCUUCAAUUCGGCCACCUUGGGCCAAAAAAAACCACCUUCUGCCAGACCUUAACUUCGGUCACAAUAGCCCACAGUUUUGGCCGAAACCGAAGGUUUCUAGUAAGGGCCAAAUUAAAAAAAAAAAAAUUGUGUCGCUACUAGAUGUCGCUAUCUGUCGCUUAGAUAUAAAGGUACAGGUACAAAUCAAAUCAAAAACUUGUUGAUGGUGUAGCCGUAUAGGUUAUGGUCAUAACAGGUCUAAAACAACCUUACUGUUAUAGCUAUUUUCGCCAUAUCACUAACUGAAUUUUUUUUAAAUACAUAUUUUGUUCAUUUAUAAUACCUAAUCUUUCACAAGAGGAUGAUAAUAUGUGUAUACUUAGAACUAAAUCUACAAGGAUUUCUAACGCACCCUGGUCUUUAGAAGGAGCCUUCAUCAAUCUCAGUCAGGCACAAUUUUUGUUAUCACCAUCUUAUAAAGCCAGUAGACGUGGGAUUUUUCAAUAAGUUUAAAACCAACUUUAGACAGAGACAGACAGAAAGAGACAUCUCCAAAAUGUUAUUUGAUAAGACGAGAUCGGAUGAAAAAACUACCCCAUCUACGUAACGUCAAAGCUAGUUUUUAGUUUGUAGUUUCAUGAAUGGAUGUUUUAUGUACCUAGAAUGAUUCCAAUCACUUGCUGCUAUUGCAAAAAGUGCCUUAAACCAAUAUUCUCAUACGAAUGUUUUCGUGCCAAACGAGUAGCGUAUAACAAACACUACACACAGAAUAUAUUGUGCAACACAUUCCGAGUUUAUUAAUUACCUAACUACUCACUGUUAAAAAAAUACAAUGUUCUUUAUGUUCUUGUUAUAAAGAACAGAAUUGUUUGAUGUGCAAAAUGGAUGGAUGUGAAUUGCGCUUAUUAAAUAUCAAUACUGAGAAACAUUAAUGUCGAUUCUGGUGCUUUAAUUUUGUAUUCUGAGAAUCGUUCCAUUGUCGUGAUUUUACAGUAAAUAAAUGUUUCGUAAUA